UUUGUUUUGUGUCAAUUGUUAUGGAGAGGUACGGUUAUCAAGAAUCGUUCGACGAUUUUCACCUGGUGGGAAGUACUGGGUGGUACUUUUUGUAAUCAGAGUGCGUAGAGCGAAAUUUUGGAAUAUUUUGAUAUUGGGAGACAGAAAAUUUUAACAAUGACGAUGAUGGAGCAAAGUUCGCGUCGUCAACAAUCGGACAUGCCGAAAUGCGGUGUCCAGGGACAGAGUUCAUCGCACGAUUUUUCUAUUUUAUUUUCACGAGUUUGGGUAGAAUUUUUAGGAAAAUAAAACGCAAAUAGCGCAGAAUUUAUUACUUCCACUGACUAAUGACCUUAUUUCUCUAAAGUACACACACACGCAAGAUCGAUUUCACCUUCCCGCCCUUUCAAACAUUUAGCACCCCAUUUGUCAACACCAUCUUUAAAAAAUUAAUAACCCUUCCCGAUAUAUAAAAGUGUCGAAGUUUCUCACACCCUCAUAAAUCCUUCAGACUUUCCACCCCUUUAUUCCACAACACGAACGCGUCCAUUCGUGGCAAGCUUUACAUCCUCCGUGCUAGGGGUAACAGAGAACUGAGAUCAAUAAACUACCUCAGAAACAUCUGGAUUUCAGAACUGAUAUGACAAUAUAGGAAGUUGGUGUUAAAACAUGUGAUUGUUGGUAGAGAUAACGUGUUUUAUUGAAUGUGAUUGAAGAAAAUGAGAGAAUAAUGAAUAAAUUGGAUUAUAAUGGAUGUAAGAAGAAUAAAAAAUCGCUUGAUUGCAACAGAGAUGAAUUCGACUUAUCUUUGCUCACAAAUGCUCAUGUUUUUGGUUAAUUGAGAAAUCGUGUUUUUUUAAUUGUUAUGGUUGAACAACGACAUAUCAGUCGACAUAUCCGGGAAAAAAUGGAAGACAAUAAGUAGGAGCUUUGGCAGGAAUACAAAACAAGUGGAGGAGGCCUGGGGAGAAACAUGAGAUGUAUCAUUAACAUGGACAUCCACUCUCCAACUGGCUCUUUCAACCCCUAGAAUGCUCUUCUACCAACUACAAAAGAAAACCCUUCUCACAACAUGUUUAGUGAUAGCAACAAUUUACAUGAUCCAGCCUCAAAACCGCACAAUCUUCAACCAUUUUUACUAUUAUUUGUACCCGAGAAAGAGCAUACAGUGCUAUCACACCAAAUCGGAAACUCUUCCAGACAUAUCAGAUAGCAAACCUGUUAGAGGAAGGUCUAUUUUCUUCCAUGAGACAUCCUGUAAUUCGCAUUUAAACGGUAAAAUAUACAUAACUGCGCGUCAAGCAUGCGCCGUCGAAUCCGCCGCCCGACUGAACCCAAAUUUCGAGGUUAAUUUACUAUUCGCAUCCCCCGGGGUCUUCAGAUUUGAGAAUACUGAAUCCGACAGAUUUCUCCAGUCCCUGUUGAGUUACAGAAACGUCAAAAUACACCACGUGGACUACGGCCGCUACACCAAAGACACACCAGUGGAAGGACUCUACGAAAAGGGGCAACUCGAAGUGUCCUGGUACGCCCAAUCGCACGCUAGUGACGUUUUAAGAUACCUCACCUUAUACAAAUACGGCGGCAUCUACCUCGACCUUGACGUAAUCGUAAUCAGAUCUUUGGAACUCCUGGCACCUAAUUAUGCCGGAUCCGAAUCCACUCGAAACGUGGCAGCCGGUGUUCUAAGUUUUAGCCCAGAUGGGUUAGGGCACGAGUUGGCCAAACGGUGCUUGGAAGACUUAAAUGAAAAUUUCAAGGGCUACGAUUGGGGCUACAACGGGCCUGGGGUUAUCACGAGGCUACUAAAGGAUAUAUGUGGGGCUGACACGGCCGAAGAAAUGGUGGCUAGGAGGUGUCAAGGGUUCAGGGUUUUCCCCAAGAAGGCCUUCUAUCCGAUUUCGUGGUGGGACUGGGAGAUGUAUUUUGACGAGAAAGAUACCCAAAAAGUACUCAAUAUUUCGAAAAAUAGUUAUGUUAUACAUGUCUGGAACAAGCACAGCGGGAAUAAGCGGGUUGAGGUUAAGGGGAAGACGGCGUAUGCCAUUUUUGCUCAGAAAUUUUGUCCAAAGGUGGUCGAACAAUGCGGGUAUUUGUUUUAGUUGUGCUCAAAUGGAAGUGUCCAAAUUUUCUUGUUGUGGGUAUUUCUUAAUUUUGGAGACAUAUCGCUCAUUUUUAGAUUAGGUUUUCGUUGUGAUGUUGCUCAUAUCUUCAGGUCAGUCUUCAGAUGAUCGUAGGGUUAAAGUUUUGAUUUUUAUUAGUACUCAGUUUUUGAAGACUGGCCUAUUACCUAAAAGACAGUAUUCAAAGUUGUUGUGAUUGUUGUUGGAUUUAUAGCCAAGUUAGGUGGGUUGUUAGGUUUUAUACUAGAUUGUUCAGUUGAUAUUAGCAAUAAAUUUUUUCGACAAUGA